AGUUUUAAGUUUCACCCAAUGAAGCGCCUAGGGGCGGGGCCGGGGACGGGCCAGUGACGUAAAGCAGGUUGAUUGGCACUCGGGCCUCGGGAGUCCUGGAUUAGCCACGAGUUUCGCCAAUCCAGGAGCAGGGGUGGGACGGUGCAGGCGCAGACCUUUGGGUUUGGCUGGCCUUGAUUUAAAGAGACAGAAGCUGUCGGGCCCUAGAAGACGGUCCCCAAAACCCUCCCCCGAGUCCUUGGGACCAUUUGGGUCCCCAGAGCUGGGGAGAUGGUUUGCGGCGGCUUUGCCUGCUCCAAGAAUGCGCUGUGCGCCCUCAACGUGGUCUACAUGCUGGUGGGCUUGUUGCUCAUUGGAGUGGCUGCUUGGGGUAAGGGCCUGGGCCUGGUGUCCAGCAUCCACAUCAUCGGCGGGGUUAUUGCCGUGGGAGUCUUCCUUCUCCUUAUUGCAGUGGCUGGACUGGUGGGUGCUGUCAACCACCACCAAGUCCUGUUGUUCUUUUACAUGAUCAUCCUCGGUUUGGUCUUCAUCUUCCAGUUUGGAAUUUCAUGUUCAUGUCUGGCUAUUAACCGAAGCAAACAGACAGAUGUCAUCAAUGCUUCUUGGUGGGUCAUGAGCAACAAGACUCGGGAUGAACUGGAAAGAAGUUUUGAUUGUUGUGGCUUAUUCAACCUCACAACUCUGUAUCAACAAGAUUACGAUUUCUGCACUGCAAUCUGCAAGAGACAAAGCCACACAUGCCAGAUGUGUGGAGAAAAGUUUCUUAAGCACUCAGACGAAGCCCUGAAGAUCCUGGGGGGUGUUGGACUCUUCUUUAGUUUUACAGAGAUCCUGGGUGUUUGGCUGGCAAUGAGAUUUCGGAAUCAGAAGGAUCCUAGAGCCAACCCCAGUGCCUUUCUAUGAGAUUUUGGAUGUUCGGACUCCUCUCCUGCUCUAAGCUUUUUCUUCUGCCCUUAGGGAAAACCUAGGGUCUGCAGGCCUUUUUGCUGGAGAAAAAGAAAGACCCUCUGCCACAUCCCCUAAAACUGCUGGAAUAGCAAGACUUUAUGCCUUGAUAUAUUUUGGUGGGAGCAAGAUUCUAAGAAAAACUUCCUCUCCCUAGGUGGAUAUAGGAAGCUUCUGGGUGCAUGAGAUGGGGGCUGGAAUUAUUCCCAGCCCUAGCCCCUUUUCCUUCCACAUGCCGGAUCACCUGAACACACCCUGGCCUGGCUUCAAGGGUAAAUCAGGGGCAGAGCCAAGGAGAAAACCACCGAGAACUCUUGUAAUAAGCAAGACCCAGUCUGAGAAAAUUCAGUGACUAUAAAGGUAAAAGCCAUUUCAACUCCAUACUCUAAGAAGCAACUUAAGUUUCUUUCUAAGCUUUGCCAGUCUAGGGGCUCCACUGACUGCCUUGGCCCUAGAACUUAAGGAGUCCUUAAGGCUUUGCAGGAAGCUCCUUAUUCCAAGUGGUUUUUCCAAAUCUCUCAACGGCAAAGCAAAACAAAAGAAACAUUAAAAAAAAAAGAUCA